AAUAAACAACACGCGUGUUCCAAAAAUUGGAGUGGCCCAUCUUCUGCUAUUGAAAGCGAUAUUAUAGUUGACGGCUUCCUCAAUAGCAUGGAUAGGUAUGGAGUGAAGUUCUCAAAAAUGAUUGGUGACGGAGACAGCAACGUCCAUAAAAAAAAUUCUAGAUUCUCUUCCAUACGGCAAUUUUAUGGUCGAGAAAAUCGAAUGCAAAAACCAUCUCAUUCGAAAUGUUUGCAGUAAACUUACUGAACUAUCGAAAAGCACGAAAAAUGGUUUCAAAAUCAAAUUUAGGAAACUUUUAAGCGCAAACUUAUUUAGAAUGCAACAAGCGAUAUGGUCUGCGUCAAAUCACCAAAGGAAAUCGGAAAUUUCUGAAAUUCGGAAAAUGAAAGAAUUGAGAACUGAUCUCAUCAACAUUCCCUACCAUAUUUUUGGAAAGCAUGACAAAUGCAAUGAAUACUUUUGCAAACCAGAGAAGGUGCUUACAAGUAGAGAGAAUAAUAAUAUAGACAUAAGCGAAAGAGAAGGAAAGAAAAAGAAAUUAGAAGUGGGGGGAAAACACUCAAAACAUCGUUGAAGAAAUGAAGCAGGAUGGGAUUUUUUUUCGCAUCACUGAAAUUUUCGAUAAUUUAUCUUCCCAUGCUAAGAGUCUGCUAUACAACGCCACCAGCAACUUAGCAGAGUCACUGAAUUCUGUAAUCGCGAAAAAUACCGGUGGGAAAAGAAUUAAUUAUAGUUUGAGAAAUUCUUAUUCCAUGCGGUGUAACGCAGCAGUUUCCUCCUUCAAUUCAAUCAGAAAAUAUGAAGCCCUGUAUAGAACGUCCUUUAAAUGCAGUCCUAAUAAAUUUUGUAAGAAAUUGGACUGUAAGGCGGAAAAGAGGAGAUGUUCCAGGAAAAUAAGACAGGGAGAAAUUAGGGCCAAAAAACGCAAGUUAGAUCUAAAUAAAGAUAAAGACACCAGCUAUGACCCCUUUGCUUCCAAACCUGAUAUAAUCCAAGAAGAGUUUGAGGCCAAAAAAUCCAGAAUUAUAGACUCCCUACAAUUGAGUGAUAGGGAAAGAGAAGACCUACAGAAAAAUACCAUCAAACAGGCAGAUUCACCAUUAUGGAUAGCGGCUAGGAAGAAAAUACUAACGGCUUCUCAUUUUGGUGAAGUGUGUCGCAGGAAAAAUACACUAGUUAAAAAAAUCCUUUAUGCAGAUUUUUAUAGUGAGCCUGUGAUUAUGGGGGGGGGGAAUGGAGAACGAGGCAAAGAAAGACGUAGAAAGAAAAUUAAAUUUAAAGAUACAAAACUGCGGAUUAUUUAUAGAUGACACUAAUUCCUAUUUGGGAGCGACUCCCGACGGCUUAAUCGAUAACGACCAAAUAGUGGAGAUUAAAUGCCCAUUUUCAUGUAGAGAUAUGCCACCAGAAGAUUUCAUCAAGAACAGAAAAACAACUUUUUGGAACCUAA